GUAAACAUUGAGGCAUCGACCCACAUGUGAAGAAAUCAAUACGCUCGCAGGGAAAAUUGAUUUCAUAUUCGGGUAGACUGCGAAAUAGCCGCGAUUUUGAAAUUCUCUGUCAAGAUUCUAUCUCUUCUCUGUCUCUAGUUUUCAAAUCUUCAGCAUUAUGUCCGCACCUCCACCGUACCCUGGGGCCGAGAAACAAGGCCAAGGACCCCCACCCCCGCCCUCAGGCUAUGGUCCCCCACCCCCUGCUGCGGGUUAUCAGCCUAUGUAUGGACAGCCAGCAGCUGGAUAUCAACCCGGAUAUCAGCCGAUGACAGCUGGGCAGUCAAGCGUGACCGUUAUCACCCAACCAGGAAUCAUGAUUGCAGGACAGCAGUUCAGAGAACAUCCGGUCCGCACCAAAUGUCCGGCAUGCCAAGCGGAAGUGAUGACCUCCACCAGUUUUGAAACUGGUACUUUUGCCUGGGUGAUUGCCCUUGUCUUGUGCCUGUUUGGGCUGUGGUUGGGCUGUUGUCUGAUCCCAUUCUGUGUGGACGGAUGUAAGGACGUCGUCCACAGCUGUCCUAACUGCAGACACACCAUCGGGAAGUUCAACCGGAUGUGAGUCCAAACGGAUAUACCGGUUCCAACAACAAAACACCAACCAGGAAAAAAAGUGCCCGAGUUUUCAUCUUUUUAAUCUUGAUUGACAUUUUUGGAUUAAAUUGUGUUGAUUUGAUAAAUUGGUGAAUUUUUUGUGGAGAUUUACGACAAGCAAAGAUUAAUUUGUGCCAUUAAUAUCCGUUUUGAAGUAGAAUAUACUAAUACUUUCUUGAAUGAUCCUAUGCCUUUAGCGUGACAUAAGUAUGCCUUUACAUACAAUGAUUCAAGAUCUUUAUCAUUAAACCUGGUCAAUAUUUUUUAAUCUCAAUAACGAAUCAUCUACAAGUAUUUGUGUUGUUACUUUAUUACUGUUUUAAAAUUACCUCGUCAAGUUACUUAAUUAUGUACAUGUAUUUUUGAUUUUUCAGCGUAUAUAAAUAUAUUUUUGUAAACUGUUCUUAUGCCCAUUUCAUUGUACAUGUAAUAGUAGCUACAUGUAUAUGUAUGUUCAUUUUUCUAAAACAGCAAACCUAUCUUCAUGUACUGAUACCCGACUACACAAACUGUUACUGAUGUUUUUUUUUAUUUUUUUAAUUAAGAAC